GGAGGAGUAUACGGAGUAGCAAGCAAUAUCCCCUGCGGCUUUCCACACCAGAUUGCGACUCAUUCGCUGCCCUAAAACAUCAAACACUCUCUUCUUCUCCCUGUCUCUCUGCGUUGUGCUUUGGUUAGCUGACAUGGGGAGCUCAUCGAAUGGCAUCCAGCCCGCCGCCAUCAGCCGCGGCGACGGCGCCGCCGCUGCGGUGGACAAGGACGUCGAUUUCGCCAACUAUUUCUGCACUUACGCCUUUCUCUACCAUCAGAAGGACAUGCUCACCGACCGCGUUCGCAUGGACUCUUAUUACAACGCCGUUUUCCAGAACAAGCAUCACUUUGCCGGAAAGGCUGUAUUGGAUGUAGGAACUGGGAGUGGUAUUCUAGCAAUAUGGUCAGCGCAAGCUGGUGCAAGAAAAGUGUAUGCAGUGGAAGCCACCAAAAUGGCAGAUCAUGCCCGUGAACUAGUUAAGGCGAAUAACCUUGAGGGAGUUGUUGAAGUUAUUGAGGCUUCUAUUGAAGAUGUUAAUCUGCCAGAGAAAGUUGAUGUGAUUAUUUCGGAAUGGAUGGGAUACUUUCUUCUUCGAGAGUCAAUGUUUGAUUCUGUAAUUUGUGCCCGUGACCGCUGGCUGAAGCCAAACGGAGUUAUGUACCCAAGCCAUGCUAGGAUGUGGGUAGCACCUAUCCGGUCUGCAGUAGGGGAGCAAAAGAAGAUUGAUUAUGAUGUAGCCAUGGAUGAUUGGCAUCAAUUUGUGAAUGAUACUAAAACUCAUUAUGGUGUUGAUAUGAAUGUUUUAACAAAACCUUAUCUGGAAGAACAGAAAAAAUACUAUUUACAGACGUCACUUUGGAGCAACCUUCAUCCAAAUCAAGUGAUAGGAUAUCCUGCUAUCAUAAAGGAAAUUGAUUGCUUGACUUCAACUGUUAAUGACUUACUCAAUGUCCGUGCAAGUGUUUCAUCAUUGAUUACUGCUGAACUCGCAAGGGUUUGUGGGUUUGGUGGAUGGUUCGAUGUCCACUUCAAAGGACGUGAAGACAAUCCAGUUAAACUGGAGGUUGAGUUGACAACAGCUCCUAGUGUAGAGUUUGGUACACAUUGGGGCCAGCAGGUGUUUCUAUUGCAUCCUCCCAAGCGUGUUGGCAAAGGCGAUGAUGUUAGAAUCAACUUUGACAUGAUCCGCUCUAAACAAAACCACCGAUUGCUGGAAGUCGAGUUUGAUUGUGAGAUUAGACACUCUUCUGGGGAUCCAAACCCCUCGUUUAGAAAAAAGUUUUUCAUAGAAUGAGAAGAACAAAGCUACUAGCAUUCAAGUCCCAACAGGUGGAAGAGCUCACAACUUUCUGGUCAUCAAUGGGUUACUGCAUCUUUUGCUUAAGUUUAUGCAGUGAUUUUUCUGCUUAUGACAGAAUGGAAAUGAGUUCUCUUCAUACCUUGAAGGUGUUGUAUUCUUAAGUAGAGUGAGAGCGAGAAGAAUAUUGUGUAAUGUGGGAUAAAAAAUUUAUUUUAUUGUCUUCUGUUAAAUUUUGGGUUACUUCGAUUUUUUGUUUCUUUAA